GCUUGAAUAUUCCCUCCAAUAAUACAUGCCUAACGCUGCUAUAUCCGAUGCCAUUCAAUCCCCAAUGCUCCUAUCGUCUAUCUGCGGGGCUUCUGAGCUUCCCUCCUGUGGCUAUCAUACAACCUACAUGCCCGUACAUUUCGCCAACCCAUCUUAUAGGUAUAUAGUAUAGUUGCUAGUAUACGUAAGAUGUCGGCCAAAACAGGAGCAGAGGCAGAAAGUACUCUUCUCAAAGAGUUAGUUUCAAGCAAGUUGCGCUAUAUCGCACCCGGACACGUGCCUCAGACUAGCCCACACAACCUCCAUCUACCGUCGCUCACUGAGUUUGGAGACGAGCGUAUUCUCCCGCUUCACCCUAUUAAUCCCAUUCCAAAUAUAUCAGAGCUUUCGCACCUCGACGACCAUGUGCAGCUUCAUACCCACGGUUUCACUGCCAUUCACCAUACCACUCCAUUGCAUGCACCGCCCCACAAUCCCGAUUCAUUCAAGGAUCCCGAGCUCCUCAAGCAGUAUAUCGCGCCGGAUACAGUGGACCUUAUGAAGAAAGUCACGGGGUGCAAAAGCGUCAUAAUCGAAUCCUUUUUGCUCAGAGCCUCUGUCUGGACGGAAAUUGAUUCUCUCGCGACCCACGGAAACAACGCCACAGACGGCACUUCCGCUUCCGCUUCCGCUUCCGCCUCCGACCUGGAAACCAGCUUCCCCCAGUUCAUCGGGUUCAACCCGAACCACGGCGCCGCGAGCCCAGCCUCCAAGAUCCACCUCGACUACUCGGCGACGGGCGCGCGGACGCACAUCCGGCAUUACCAUCCCGGGAUCGCUGGCGCCGCGGCGGGUAUCAUACGCCACGAAGACGCGCUCCGGAGAGCGGGCCGGGACUACUUGGGCGACGCGUACAGAGACAGCGGCGGGCCGCGAUGGGCGCUGUACUCCGUCUGGCGGCCGCUGAGGACCGUGACGCGGGACCCGCUGGUGGUGCUGGGCUGCGGGACUGUGGGGGGCCGGGAUUGUGUGCCUGUUGAUGUGCGGACGCCGUAUUUGGGAACGGGGUUGGAAGGAACGUAUCUUGCUGAAGGGCUUGUGGCGAGGUAUUCCGAGGCGCAUAAGUGGUAUUGGAUAGAAGAGCAGAAACCGGAGGAGGUGUUGGUCUUGAGGUUCUUUGAUAGCGAUGCGGAGGCCGAGGGACGUGUUGCGUCGGGAGGGGCGUUUCAUUCGAGCGUGGAGGUGCCGGGUACGCAGGAUGAGCCGGCUAGGGAGUCCUUGGAGGUUAGGUGUUUGUGUAUAUGGUAGGUAAUGUUGGGCGAUAUAUAUGGGUGGUGGGUAUUGUCAUUUUAUUCAUAUCUUCUAGUCUAGGUACAUGUCAUGUUAAAGGCCAAUCUGACCAACAUAAAUGU